UGAACACAAUUACCUCAUCUUACGCCAUUCUAGUUUGGCGAGCCUCACAAGGUGCCGGAAACUUUUCGGAGACAUCCCUCCUGAUUGGACGCGUCGAACGAGAACAACCAGCUCUUCAAUACUUGAUGUAUGAGCAUUCGCAAACUUGCUCGGAGACAUUCGCGAGCAUGUUUCUGUAAUAGCUUGAGAUGUUAGUCAGACCUUAACAUUAUAGACGCAUGCUCUCGAGCAUAUAUAUCUAUCGAUGUACGACUUCACCUCGAAAUCUCUUGCAAUAUACAUCACGUCCUUGUUUUGCGAAGACUGUUUCUGGCACUCAAAAAAUAUUCUUCUAAGCAAAUUAUCUUCUCACCAUGGCCGCCCGACAAUACCUCUUGUACGCCUACCCUUGGAUGCCCUAUCCACGCAGGAUCAUAAUUUACCUUCGUGAGAAGGGUAUCCCAUCCUCCCUUGUGCAAGUUGUUCGCGUCUCUGAUCCAGGUGACGGCAACGCUGCGCCGCCCAACUUCCCUCCACGACCGCAAGGAAGUCUUCCCGUCCUGGUCAUGCGGUCGGAACGAAGCGAUACACACAUUCGCCAAUCCGUCGCCAUCAUGAAUUACCUCGACGAGCUCUGCGAUGCCGGAGCCGACGGCUUUCCGAAGUCCAAGUAUUCCAUUCGUGGAGAGAAUUUGCUCGCUCGAGCCCGAAACACUGAAAUCCUUGGUCUAGCUGAUGAAAUCCUCGCUUCCUGGAAUCCAGUUCGAACCUUUGGGACGGGAGCAGGAACUAUGCCAAUUCCUGCUGCGGCUAAAGAGAUGCUGUGACUGGUGUAUGGGACUCUGUGGACUCUAGAAACUUAUCUCAAAGACGUCGAAUUCUCUCAUCUGGGGAAGGAGGGGCGAGGACCUACAAUUGCGGAGAUUGUAUUGUACCAAGUUAUCGAGUUCAUUGAUGAUUGUUAUGGUGUUGAUUUGACAAUCGGAUCUGGCGAGGUGGUCAAAGAUGUU